UACUAAGCGCUUGGGAAGUACAAAUUGGCAACAUAUAGAGACAGUCCCUACCCAACAGUGGGCUCACAGUCUAGGCCAAACCUUUCUGGACGGAGAGAACUGGGUGAAGCGGGGAGGGCUCCCAGGCCGGGUCAGUGGUGGCGAGCGAGCGGAGCGAAAGGGCAGUCGACUGGAAGGGCUAGACUGAUACCGAGAUGUUCAGUUGGCUUGGCAACGAUGACCGGAGAAGGAAGGACCCAGAAGUGUUCCAGACGGUGAGCGAGGGGCUCAAAAAACUCUACAAAACCAAGCUGCUCCCCUUGGAAGAGCACUACAGGUUCCAUGAGUUCCACUCGCCGGCCCUGGAGGACGCGGACUUUGACAACAAGCCCAUGGUCCUGUUGGUGGGCCAGUAUUCCACUGGGAAGACCACCUUCAUCAGGUACCUUCUGGAACAAGACUUCCCUGGCAUGAGAAUCGGGCCUGAACCCACCACGGACUCCUUCAUCGCAGUCAUGCAGGGCGAUGUGGACGGAAUCAUCCCGGGCAACGCCCUCGUGGUCGAUCCCAAGAAGCCCUUCAGGAAGCUCAAUGCCUUCGGCAAUGCCUUUUUGAACAGGUUUGUUUGCGCCCAGCUGCCCAAUCCCGUUCUAGAAAGUAUCAGCGUCAUCGACACGCCAGGGAUCCUGUCUGGGGAGAAACAGAGGAUCAGCAGAGGAUACGAUUUCGCGGCCGUCCUGGAGUGGUUCGCCGAGCGGGUGGACCGCAUCAUCCUGCUGUUCGACGCCCACAAGCUGGACAUCUCCGAUGAGUUCUCCGAGGUCAUCAAGGCCCUCAAGAACCACGAGGACAAGAUGCGGGUAGUGCUCAACAAAGCCGACCAGAUCGAGACCCAGCAGCUGAUGCGGGUUUACGGGGCUCUCAUGUGGUCCCUGGGCAAGAUCGUCAACACCCCCGAGGUCAUCCGAGUCUACAUCGGCUCCUUCUGGUCCCACCCGCUGCUCAUCCCCGACAACCGUAAACUUUUUGAGGCCGAAGAGCAGGAUCUGUUCAGGGAUAUCCAGAGCCUGCCGCGGAACGCCGCUCUGCGGAAGCUCAACGAUCUCAUCAAGAGAGCUCGGCUGGCCAAGGUCCAUGCGUACAUCAUCAGCUCCCUGAAAAAGGAGAUGCCGUCAGUUUUUGGGAAAGACAAUAAGAAGAAGGAGCUAGUGAGCAACCUAGGAGAGAUUUAUGGAAGGAUUGAACGGGAGCACCAGAUCUCACCCGGGGAUUUCCCCAACUUGAAAAAGAUGCAGGACCAGCUGCAGGCUCAGGAUUUCACCAAAUUCCAGCCCCUGAAGAGCAAGCUGUUGGAAGUGGUGGAGGACAUGCUGGCCCGCGACAUCGCCCAGCUCAUGGUGCUGGUGCGUCAGGAGGAGAUCCAACGGCCCCUCCAGAUGGUCAAGGGAGGGGCCUUCGAGGGCACCCUGCACGGGCCCUUCGGACACGGCUACGGGGAGGGGGCCGGCGAAGGCAUCGACGAUGCCGAAUGGGUGGUGGCCCGGGACAAGCCCAUGUACGACGAGAUCUUCUACACCCUGUCCCCCGUGGACGGCAAGAUCACGGGCGCCAACGCCAAGAAAGAAAUGGUGCGCUCCAAACUGCCCAACACUGUGCUGGGCAAGAUCUGGAAGCUGGCCGACAUCGAUAAGGACGGGAUGCUGGAUGAUGAGGAGUUCGCGCUGGCCAACCACCUCAUCAAGGUCAAGCUGGAGGGCCACGAGCUCCCCAAUGAACUGCCCUCACACCUGCUGCCCCCGUCCAAGCGGAAAAUGGCCGAGUGAAGAGGAGGGGGUCUCAGCCAGGGAGCGGGGACGGCUCGGAGGGAGAGCUAGGAAAUGUGACAUUUCAAUCAAACACCCACAUACCCACACAUGCCCUCUCCCUCUCUCUCCCCCGUCACGCGUGGUCACCGCUCCGACAUCCAGAUACAGGCGUAGGAUUUUAAAUCUCCACCUCUUCGUUAGGGGAAAUCACCUCUUCCCAAGUGGUUAUUUCUGUCCCGGAUUGGAGACGCUCAGACCUCGUCGGGGUAGAAGUUCCGGGCACUUGACCUUGUGUGUCCACGUCCUCGUCCCCACCUCCUCACACUAGCUCUGCCCCGCACGGCCCUUCUGUCUUUGGGAUUCCUCAGAUCCACCCCUCCCACGUCGAAAAGUAGUCCCUGCUGUUUUGGAGGUUGAAGUCCCCCAGAGAUGACACUGGAAUUCAUAGCUGUUGUGUUCAAAACAAGGAAUCCAAGCGGAAGGGAAAGGCUUUAUCAUAAUACACAAUUAUUUCUUUUGUUGGCUUCCUAAUAUAUGACCCACGUGGGCAGAAUCAGAAAUAUGAAGAACAGGGGAAGCAGAAGGAGAAGGGUAAUAAGAGAGAGACACCAUUUCAACCUCUGUGUCUAUGAUGGAGGGGAGAAUUCAGCUCGGCACAUUAGUAAGCCCUUAAUAAAUACCAUUAUUAUUAUUAUCAAGCGCUCGCUGUGUGCAAAGCAGUGUACUAAGUGCUGAAGGCAAAUGAGUGGGGAACGGCUUUUGAUCUGGGAUCCAUCUCUAGCUGUUUCUCGGGGUUGAUCUAAGUCUCGUCCUUGGCUCUGCUGGCCCUGGGCCCAUCCGAUUAGUUUAUCUAGGGAAUUCUGAAGGGAUGGAAGAGCAAGGGAGCCGGCUGGAGCCAGAGCAGGGUGUGGACAUCAGACUUAAAGCUGAGGCCCAAUUCACUAGAGGGGUGGUACAGCGAGAAAUCAGAGAGGUGUGAGAAAAAAGUCGCACUCUGGAGGUUGUCAAGUUGCAGCCCUUCACGCUCUAAAAACGUUGCCCAGGGAGAAAGAUUGUCUCCUCUCCCCUGUCAGGAAGGAUCACGGGCCUUCUCAUUUCCAAGAUUGAGCCCUUCUCCAACUGUGAGGCAGCCGCUUUUUCUCCGUCCCCACCAGACGUGUCUUUUUAGCAAGGCUCCUUUUCCCCCGAGAUUGUAUUUUUGCCAACAUCCGGCCGCCUUUAACCUCCCCAAAUCCUUCCACAUCUCUUCCCGCUUCUGGUCUGCUCUCUGUCACUUUAUAUGCCGUGCUCUUACCGUGCUGAAGAAAAACAAAGACGAGAUGAGUGUAAUUUAUUUUCUAUCUCUGUGUUCAUAUUAUAGAGAAAAAUAUAUAAUGUAACUAUGUAUGAUGUGCUUAUUACUUCAGUGCAUUUAUCACUCGUCUUACUAUUAAUACAUUAACCCCUUUUUA